UGGAACAACGCAAUUGACAAGGCUUCCUGUGCAAAUAUCGCAUGGCAAGCCUCCUCCGUCGACUCCUCUCCAUCACCCAGCCCGAUGUGUCCAACGCCACAACCAGAAGGAUGAACCUCAACUCCGCAGACCUGCCCAAAAUUUUCCGUCCGCCCGUCAACCGGGCCAUGCAAACGCUGGACAAAUCGUUCUUUCGCAAAGUCGUGCCUCUGGCUGCUGCCACCAUCUCCGAUGUCAGGCAGAUCACCGCGAUCAGGAAGGAACUCGACAAAUCUCAAGACCUGCUCCGGAUAAGCCCGAUCAAGCCGUUACGGGAAGAUGACUCGGUCCCAGGGGCAAAGUGCCUUCUGCUCAGGCCAGAGAUCGACGCGAAAGAGCCGAAAACGUGGUCGCCGACCAUCUCGAGAUUAGUGGAAGACAAACUGGCCAGCUUACGGCCAUACGAUCUGACUCUCACAUACGACGACUGGACUAUGCAUAAUAUUCUUGAGGCUAUUCUGCCCGAGAUCCCCGAGGACGAAAAGGAAACUCCUGCAGGCUUUGCCCAGGUAGGCCAUGUCGCUCAUGUAAACCUGCGCGAAGCAUAUCUCCCCUACAAGUACAUAAUUGGGCAAAUCUUGGUCGACAAGAACCCCAACAUAACCACCGUCAUCAACAAGACGUUCGACGUUGGGACCGAAUCCGUCUUUCGAACAUUUCCGUAUGAAGUCAUCGCUGGCCCAGACGACCUCGAUGUCACGGUCCACGAAUCUGGCUGCGAGUUCAAAUUCAACUUCGGCAAGGUUUACUGGAAUUCUCGAUUAGGUACCGAACAUGCCCGGCUUUUUGAACUGUUCAAGGAGGGCGAGGCUGUCUGUGACGUUAUGGCCGGCGUAGGGCCUUUUGCUGUGCCGGCCGGCAAACGAAAGGUUUUUGUCAGAGCCAACGACCUCAACCCUGACUCGUACCGAAGUCUUCAGGACGCCAUCAAGUCUAACAAGGUCAGCGACUUCGUCUCGGCGUCCUGCGAGGAUGGUAGGGAGUUCAUUCGCUCCGCAACGAGAGAGUUGCUCCACGCUCCACGAGAAGCUCGACUGCCUUCGAAAUUAAAGAUAUCGCGGAAAUUGACCAAAGAGGAGAUGCAGGCGCUACGCAAAGAGGCUGAUGCUGCAGCACAAGUCUUGAAAGAACCACAUGUGUUUUCUCACUAUGUCAUGAAUCUGCCGGCCAGCGCCAUUGAAUUUCUCGAUGCCUUCCGGGGCCUCUAUCACGGCCACGAAGCCGAAUUCAAACCCUACACCUCAAAAGCUUUGCCAUUGAUUCACCUGUACUUAUUUCAGGCCAAACUAGUCGCUGAAGAAGAGGAAAUCCAAGAGAUCUGUGAAAGAAUAUCGACGCAUAUCGGUGCUGCGGUCGCGCUUGACGAUACGGAGCUAGAGAUGCAGGUUCGGUUUGUGCGGCUUGUCGCGCCGAAGAAGAAGAUGUUCUGCGCCAGCUUUCGGAUACCGGCGAGCGUUGCAUUUGCGCAGCCUUGACGCAUUCUGCCGGCUUUUGCUACAGAUUCCACUCUGGUGAGACACUUCGACCUGUUUGUCAUGUCUCUCUACUGGCCGCUUUUCCCGUCUAUUCCUCACCAGGCUUUUCUCAGUCUUGUGCUGUCUUACUUCUUGUAUGCACAAUCGGCAUACGGCCUGGGCAAUUGGUGCAGGUCUCUGACAACGGGGUAAGUGCGCCGCCUUGAGCAGGAGAUUCAGGCAAGCUGUGGGCUGAAGAAUGAAGCUCAAUCUGAGGAGAUUUGUCGAGGUGUUCAGAUGGUGAAGCUGGAGGGAAGAAUGUAUGAGCUGCAGGCCCUGAUGAGAAAGAAACAUCAUCUGAGAACCUCGGCGACAAGGGGAUAUAAUCAGGCUAAGUGGCGAGAAGGUCGCGCCAGCUGGAAGGGCCGGCGACGUCGUGAUUCGCCUUGGUGCAGACCGCGCAGAGGAUCCAUAUCUGGCACACCCGGCACCGACACAGCCCAGGCAUCUUGGCCUUGGAUGCUGGGAGUUUCUUGGAUGGGCGACGAAACUAGGCUUUGGGUAAUGGUACUUGUGGGUGUUGAGAUUGAGAUUGUGAUGGUGAGGGUGAUUGAGCACGGCUCGGAGACCUCGAUCUUGUGCAAGCAGUGAUGAUGUCGGUCUGGAGUCUGGCCCUCUCCUUCGUAGGUGGAUGCGGACAUUUUGGUCCUCUUGAGCAAGGCUUGAAGAAGUGUUCCGAUGUCUCCCAAUGGUGCUGGCGGAAGGACACGCGAGAGACGGCUUUGUCUCUCUUGGAGCAACCGAAAUCAGUGUCGAGUAUUCCGAAGAAGUCUCCUUCCCCGCGACUCUCGGAGGACGAGAACAAGCGAAGUCAGGACCGAAUUUCCAGCUCGUGGAUGGUUAGAGGUAUAUAUCUUAGGAGCGACAAUUUAUACUCGCUCCCCCAUCACGUCACGUCCCGUCGGUACAUGACUAGUAGUAGUAGGUAGGUUGGAGCGUGAUAGUCUAUACAGGGGGAGACAAACGAAGAGGCGGAAUUGUGAAUCGGCGCUUUGCUCAUGGCACCAUGGAUGUGACCAAACGUGAGCACGGCUGGCUGGCUGAUGCAGUCUAGAGGAAUGAGAACCAGCACCAGCACCAAACGGAACGCAUUCAGCCCAAGACUGGGGUACUCAACGGGUCGCCCAGCAAGGGAGGCAUAAAGGAUGUGUCGAGGCAACUUGGUCAGAUAGGUUGCAUGCUAUACCAG